CCUAUCAAAGUAUAUACUUACUUAUUUGCUGAUCAGUUUUGACAUUUUAUAAUAAAUUUUUAACAAAAACGACAUAAGAAUACACAUACAUAUACAUAAUGGGUAAUGAAAGCUCGUUGCCUAUGGAACUAUGUUCCAAUUUUGAUGUUGAUGAAAUUAGAAGAUUAGGAAAACGAUUUCGGAAGUUAGAUUUAGAUAAUAGUGGUGCUUUAAGCAUUGAUGAGUUUAUGUCAUUGCCAGAAUUACAACAAAAUCCUUUAGUACAACGUGUUAUAGAUAUAUUUGAUGCUGAUGGUAAUGGAGAAGUAGAUUUUAAAGAAUUUAUUCAUGGUGUUUCUCAAUUUAGUGUUAAGGGAGAUAAAGAAAGUAAAUUAAGAUUUGCAUUUAGAAUUUAUGAUAUGGAUAAUGAUGGUUUUAUAAGCAAUGGAGAAUUAUUUCAAGUAUUAAAAAUGAUGGUUGGUAAUAACUUGAAAGAUACACAGUUACAACAAAUUGUUGAUAAAACAAUAUUAUUUGCUGAUAAAGACGAAGAUGGCAAAAUUAGUUUCGAAGAAUUUUGUUCUGUUGUUGGUAAUACAGAUAUUCAUAAGAAAAUGGUGGUUGAUGUUUAAAUUAUCAAGUUUAUGAGAAAAAAGAUAUUAGAAAAAAAAUUAUAAUAAUAUCAAUUUGACUUUUUCAUUAUUAACACUAGAUUUAUUGGAUAGUUAUAAAUAGAGUGAAAUUAUGAUCAUAUUAAGUCUUUAAUCAAGCCAAUUUUUUAUAUAAGUUUAUCAUGUUUAAAUAUUUUUGUUAUAAUUAUUAUAAUUAUAAAUUUAUCAUUUUCAAAAA